CCCCGGAGCGCUCUAACAGCGCCAUUAUAGACCCUCCUCCGCGCGUCGAGCUUACUACCUUCCCCUCCGCACCCUGCUCCUAUGAUCCCCCGUGCCACAAAGUCUCUCGCGUCGGCCGCCGGACGCCGGUCUUUCUCGCAAUCCGCGUCCCGACGCAAUUAUGACGCGACGAUACAGAACCUCCUCAUCCACAAAGAUACCAAGGUCCUCUGUCAGGGCUUCACCGGAAAGACAGGCACUUUCCAUGUCAAGGAGGCUCUCGCAUAUGGCACGAAAAUGGUAGGUGGUGUGUCCCCCAGCAAAGCUGGCCAGACGCAUCUGGGCCUUCCGGUGUUUGGUACCGUGAAAGAGGCCGUUCGCGACACGCAGCCCGAUGCCACUGUCCUCUACGUGCCACCACCAUUCGCUGGAGACGCGAUCAUCGAGGCCAUUGAGAAUGAAAUCGGCCUCAUUGUCUGCAUCACAGAGGGCAUCCCUCAGGCCGACGAGAUCAGGGUUGCACAAGCACUCAAGAGCCAGUCGAAAUCGCGUCUUGUUGGGCCCAACUGCCCUGGUAUCAUCAACCCUGAGGGUUGCAAGAUGGGUAUCCAACCAGGACACAUCCACAAACCGGGUAACAUCGGUAUCGUCUCUCGGUCCGGCACCCUGACAUACGAGGCUGUCGCACAAACAACGGGCGUUGGCCUCGGUCAGUCGCUUUGCAUUGGUAUCGGUGGCGACCCAUUCCCGGGCACAAAGCACAUCGACUGCAUCAAGCUCUUCCUGGAUGACCCCAGGACGGAAGGUAUUGUUAUCAUCGGUGAGAUUGGUGGCUCGAUGGAGGAGGAUGCCGCGGAGUACUUGGAGCAGUACAACAAGACGCGCAGCAAGCCCAAGCCUGUGGUCGGCUUCAUCGCUGGACGCACAGCUCCUCCGGGCCGGCGCAUGGGACACGCCGGUGCCAUUAUCUCCGGCGGCAAGGGCGCCGCCUCGGAUAAGGUCGCCGCGCUCGAGAAGGCCGGUGUCAUCGUCACGAACAGCCCAGCAUUGAUCGGCGCGGAGAUGCUGAAGGCCAUGAAAGCCGCGGGCUUUUGAGUGUCGAGGCUGAGUCUCGACCUCCGAGAGACAUCAGGCGGUUCAGUGAAUGCUGUAUAGGGUCAUCUUAGUUACGUAAUUAGAGUGCAUCAAUACUAUUAUUCGGGACUCCCUUGCCUCUCUCAUUUACGCUC